AUGGCUGCUAGACCAACUGGUUAUGGAAUGACUGCAGAACUAAAGCAGAAGCAAGACAGCAAGUAUGAUUCUGAUUUAGAAAGACAAGCAAGGGUUUGGCUACAGUCGGUAGUUGGAGAAUCUUUCCCUGGUGGCAGUUUCCAUGAAGCUCUGAAGGAUGGUGUGUACCUCUGCAAAGCUAUCAACAAGCUGAAACCAGGCUCUGUGAAGAAAAUCAACACCAACAAAAUGGCCUUCAAAAUGAUGGAAAACAUUGGAAAUUUCCUGUCUUCAGCAGAAACUUACGGCCUUCCAAGAUCCGACUCUUUUCAAACAGUGGACCUGUACGAAAAUCAGAACAUGCCACAAGUAAUAACGGCCAUUCACGCUCUGGGUAGAGUGGCUAGCAAGAAAGGCUUCAAAGGGGCUACUACGCUCGGUCCGAAAGAAGCAGAGAAGAAUGUACGUCGUCAUGACACCGAAGAGCAAAAGCGAGCCAGUUCCAGUGUGAUUGGUCUGCAGAUGGGUACAAACAGAGGAGCCAACCAGGCAGGAAUGACCGCUUAUGGCACACAACGUCAAAUUAUGAAAUGACAAGUGACAGACUUUCUCUCUGAUACAUAAUUAUGAUACUUUCCUGGAAGCCAUAUUAUUGUUGUUUCCUAGUUGCAAUAUUGUAGUAUGUAUUUAUGUGUUGCUUGUCUGUGUAGGCUAUCCAUUAUAUGUGUUUACUUUACUGAUGACGUUGUGUUGUCUGUUUUCAUAAUUAAUUUUGAUUUCAACA